AUGGCAGCGAAAAAAGUAAACUCCACAGCCACGGCGAGGCUGAAACAAGAUUACAUGAGAAUCAUGAAGGAUCCUGUGCCUUACAUCCAAGCUUCUCCGUUGCCUUCUAAUAUCUUAGAAUGGCAUUACAUAGUUGAGGGUCCAGAGAAUUCCCCAUAUGAAGGCGGGAUCUAUCAUGGAAAGUUGGUAUUUCCCAGGGAGUUCCCCUUUAAGCCACCCAGCAUUUACAUGCUGACUCCAAAUGGAAGGUUUAAGUGUAACACAAGACUGUGUUUGUCAAUAAGUGACUUCCACCCAGACACAUGGAAUCCUGCCUGGUCAGUCUCCACAAUACUCACUGGACUUCUGAGUUUUAUGUUGGAAAAAAGUCCUACAUUAGGAAGCAUAGAGACAAGUUUGUACACAAAAAGACAGCUUGCAGCUCAGAGUCUGACCUUUAAUUUGUCCAACAAAACAUUCUGUGAGCUCUUUCCAGAUUUAGCUGAGAAAAUUCGAGACAACUUACGGAAACAAGCAGAAGAAUUAAAGAAAUCAACAGAGUCAGCCAGCCUGGCAAACACCGAAAAUAGCAACGUGAACAACGGUGCAGGGCCUCCCGGUGAUAACAACGCAGUCGGGCCAAGGUGGCAGUUUGGGGCGACAGUCACGAACAUGCUAGUCAUUGUGGGAUUCGCAGCCUUUGCUUUCGUUGUCAAACACAUUCUCACAAACGUGGUCGAGACGAUACAAUGA